CUCCCCGUCAACCAGCUACGGAAUCAAUAAGGAAGGACUUGGGUACUUACAUGGAAGGUAUGAGGCUACAUUUACGAGCAUAACAAACCAUUGUCCAUCUUCCGUCAUCAUCGCCAUCAUCAUCCGCCGCAAUGCCGUACGAAUACAAAGGUUCCGGCACCAACAGCCAGGGCAACCACUACUGCUCUCGCGACUACGGCAGCGGCGCGGCCAACUCCAACUCGUACCACUACUCCAACUCCGAUGGCUCGUACUACUACUCCAACCCCGAUGGCAGCACCUACUACAACAACGGCCAGGGAGGCGCGACCUACACGCCUCCUAGCGGCAGCAGCGGCAGCGGCAGCGGCAGUGGCACCGGAGACGGCAGCAGCGGCGGCGGCAGCCAGAAGUAGACUGUCCCCGCAAGACAAUGGCAAGGUCCACGUCGAGUUUUGAGUGACCCUGAGAGGGUGGGCAAAGGCCGGCAGUAUAUUACGCACUUGAGGGUUGAUGUGGGCUGGGGCGGACAAGCUCGUCCAUGUCUCAUUCAGUCUAGACUACGAGGUACAUACCUAAAGGCGUGCCGUGCCGCUGCCGCUGGUUUAUUGAACCAUUUAUUGCCUUGA